GGUAUCAUGUGAUUCACUUUCCUGCUCCUUUAAAGCAGCCACAUGCAGCCGAGCUGCGGCCACAAUCACAGCUCCCGGCAGAGGGAGAGCCGGAUCCGGGCUUGCCUGGACAAUCAGAGCAGAGGCUGCCUCCUCCUUCCCAUCCCUUCCAGCCUUAACUUUUGCAGCCACCCGCCAUAGGUAGUGCAAAGGAGAAAGCUCUGCAAACAUGGCUGGGGCAAUUAUCGAAAACAUGAGCUCUAAAAAGCUCUGCAUUGUUGGAGGGAUCUUGCUGAUUUUCCAAGUCAUCGCCUUUCUGGUGGGAGGUCUGAUCGCUCCAAAGCCCACUUCAGCUGUGGACUAUGUGGCAGUAAAGUGUGUAGAUGUCCAGAAGAACCAUCACAGGACCAAGUGGUUUAUGCCCUGGGGAAGUAAGAAAUGUGAAAAAAUAAGAGACUUGGAUGAAGCUAUGAGCAGGCAUAUAGAAGCCAACGACAUUGUGUUUUCAGUUCAUGUGCCUCACCCUAACAAGGAGAUGAGCCCUUGGUUCCAGUUCAUGCUUUAUGUUUUGGAUAUGGACAUUGCCUUCAAGAUCGACAACCAAAUUAAAGACAAUGCAGAAGUUACCCUUAAAGUGUCCUUGGCAUACCGUGAUGAUACGUUCAGUGAAUGGAAGGAAAUGGCACGUGCGAAAGAGACCCGAAAGCUCAAAUGUACUUUUAAAGCUCUAAAAACUGUAGACAAUGAAGGCAAGUACUAUGACUGUGAUGUGCUUCCAUUUAUGGAGAUUGGAACUGUUGCUCACAAAUACUAUCUUAUCAAUAUCCGUCUCCCUGUGAAUGAAAAGGAAGGUGUUAAUGUGGGAAUUGGAGAAAUAAAAGACAUCAAGCUGGUGGGUAUCCAUCAAAAUGGAGGCUUCACAAAGGUGUGGUUUGCAAUGAAAACCUUUCUUACACCUAGUAUCUUCAUCAUCAUGAUUUGGUACUGGAGACGGAUCACAUUGCUGACACGACCUCCGGUCCUCUUGGAAAAAGUUAUCUUUGCUCUUGGGAUCUCCAUGACCUUCAUCAACAUCCCAGUAGAGUGGUUUUCUAUUGGAUUUGAUUGGACAUGGAUGUUGCUUUUUGGAGACAUUCGCCAAGGAAUCUUCUAUGCUAUGCUUCUGUCUUUUUGGAUCAUCUUCUGUGGAGAGCAUAUGAUGGAUCAGAAUGAACGAAAUCACUUCUCAGCCUACUGGAAACAAGUUGGACCAAUAGCUGUAGGCUCUUUCUGUCUCUUUAUCUUUGACAUGUGUGAGAGAGGGGUACAAUUAACAAAUCCAUUCUAUAGUAUGUGGACCACAGAAGUUGGCACAGAGCUGGCUAUGGCAUUUAUUAUUGUUGCUGGAAUCUGCCUCUGCCUCUACUUCUUGUUUCUGUGUUUUAUGGUGUUUCAAGUGUUCAGAAAUAUCAGCGGCAAACAAUCUAGCCUCCCAGCAAUGACCAAAGCUCGCAGGCUUCAUUAUGAGGGGCUGAUUUUUAGGUUCAAGUUCUUGAUGCUGGUCACAUUAGCUUGUGCUGCCAUGACAGUAAUAUUUUUCAUUGUCAGUCAAGUGACUGAAGACCAUUGGAAAUGGGGUGAUAUGACAGUUCAAGGGAACAGUGCCUUUUUCACAGGAAUUUAUGGGAUGUGGAAUCUUUAUGUCUUUGCCCUAAUGUUCCUGUAUGCUCCUUCACACAAAAACUACGGAGAAGAUCAAUCAACUGGUGAUCUGGGAGUAAACAGUGGAGAAGAACUUCAGCUGACUACCACUAUCACUCAUGCGGAUGGACCAACAGAGGUUUACAAAUUGGCUCGCAAGGAGGCCCAGGAAUAGCCACUAAGGCACAGCCUGUUAGGCACAACCUGAGGGCAACACAUGGAACGAUGACAGUAUUUUUCCUCCAAGGAGACAUCUGAAGUCAUUCCAAAAGUGCCCAGCACUGAUGGUGCAUUUCCACAGAACGAUUGUAACCAUGUGAGAACAGUUGGAAAUGCUCCUUGCUAACGGUGAAUCUUUCUAUGGGGAAGGGGCUCAUAUCAGCUUUGACCUCUUCAUGACACUCCUAGUUUGUCUUGAGUAUUAACCCCAGAAGAGAAAGAAAGUGAGUUGACUUAGUGAAAGAAUAGGUGCCCACCUUUGGGUCAGUCUCAUUCAUUAUCAACAUGCCUGCUGCUAUGGAUAUUCUUGGGAAACAACUUGGAAUAAUUUACAUGCUUCCUAAGUCAAGGUUUUAUACCAUAGUUCCAAUGCCUAUAUUUAGAACUAUUUGUGUUCUUUAUACCACACAUAGCCAAUUCAGUUAAUAUUUACAUAGCUUUAAUAAACACAUUCAUGACUUCUUUUCUAGUCUAGUGUAACACUGCCUUUUCAAAAGUUUUGGUACAAAAAGGGCAUUUAGCUUUACAAGUUAAAAUUGUGUGUGUGUGUGUGUGUCCCAAACACGAACAAGUCUUUCCGGUGUAGAUAUCUUUUUAUAUGCCCUACGAAUUCCUGUUUACUUGUAUGAUACAUAAUCCAUGAAAUUGAAAGGGGUGUGUGUGCGUGUUUGGUUCAAAAUCUUGUGUUCUUUUCUUUUGUAAAAAAUAAUGCUCC